AUGACGAGUUACAUCCCGCUCAGCCAACCGCGCCAGAUUAGGAUCAUUCACUUGGCGCCAGGGUCCCGCAAAGAUGUGCUGUGUGGCACCAUCGAAACCGUGCUUCUAGGCGAGGCUUCCUACGAAGCGUUGUCCUACGAAUGGGGCGCACCUGAUCGUGUCUGUAACUUUGGCCUUGAUCAUGGGUCGCUCCCGAUCACUACGUCGCUGCACCAGGCAUUACGGGACCUUCGACGAAAAGCAGGUGUGCGAACCAUCUGGGCAGACGGCAUAUGCAUCAACCAGGAUGAUCUUGUUGAACGGACGAAACAGGUGACCCUCAUGGGUGAAAUCUACAGGAAUGCAACCCGCGUUCUCACCUACAUAGGGCCAGAGGCAGACGGCAGUUCUUCCGCUAUCGAGUUUGCAGCAAACCUCGUUGCCUACGGCGUCUCACGACUACGACACUCCGAACCGCGUAUCCAUAUCCCCGAGGAGCUCCCUAACCUCGGCCUUCCUGCCAUCACGAGCCCGCGGUGGCAAGCUCUCAGGAAAGUCUUGACCAGAACUUGGGUGACUCGAUGCUGGUGCGCUCAAGAGUUCCUUCUUAACAGGAACCUAACAGUCAUGUGUGGUACCAUAGAGCUGCGUGACUGGGAGCUCUUCUCGAAAGUCGUGAGGCUUGUUUUCGCCAGACGCCUCCCAGCACACAUUCUGCCUGCAUCCGGGCAAGAUCCGCUGGCCAUCGGAGAGUGUGUCUUCGCUCUUGGCGGCGUCCGACGAGCUAUCCUCGAUAAGGGGGCUCAAUUUCGUCUGUCGAACUUGUUGCCGCAAUUCCAUGCAUUCCAGGCAACGGAUCCCAAGGACAAGAUUUUCUCCGUUCUAGGGCUUGCAGUCGACCUUGAGGCACUCGGCGUGAGGGUCGAUUAUACCCAAGCGACCGAAGAACUAUACACCAGGGUUGCCGGGAGUAUUCUGUCGCUCUAUCAAGACGUCAACUUCCUCUCGAACAACCUUGGUUCGAAAAAGCUCGAUCUUCCCUCAUGGGUCCCUGACUGGUCAAGCUGGGUCUUUGGCACAGAAUACGUCAACCGAGACUGGUAUUACAAGGCAGCUGGCUCUACCAAGGCGCGCAUUCGAGUGCAUGAUAGAACGAUCGAAGUAUCCGGCUGUUUGAUCGGCCAAAUAACGAAAUUCUCAAGCCCCAUCGGCCCGCACUAUUUCAAGACCGGUUCGAGCGCGGAAAGGAAUCAGUGGCUUCAAGAGCAAUUGGAAUUCAUCAAGCCGCUGGGUCCUUAUCCUGGAGAACCGGACUUGACCGACGCCCUCUGGAGGACACUCAUUGGCGAUCUCACGGCUGGAGAGCAACCGGCGACGGCAGGGUAUCGCGCCUUUUUCGACGCCCACAUGAACAGCAACGAGGCUUCAUCUCCAACGAAAGAGAAAGACAUGGCCAGGCAAUUUAUUGAUGCUACUCGCCGCAAAUCCCGCAAUCGGGUCCUCGCGGCUAUUGAGGGGGGGUAUCUAGGAGCUGUACCUGUGACAAGCCGAACAGGAGAUCAUAUCUGCCUAUUUCACGGAGGCCGUCAUCUAUUUGUUAUUCGUCAGGAAAAGGAGACUUUCCAUUUCGUCGGCCCGACCUAUGUUCACGGGCUCAUGCAAGGGGAGACUUUUGAGGCCAACUGGUAUCAGCCUCGGGCGAUCUCAAUCGCAUAG